UCAGCCCAAUCAGCUCGAUUCUUCAUGUCGGUCUGUCUUGCAACUCUUCAUUUAAACUGGAGCAUUCUUCAGUUCCUAAAUACAACGUCUCCUUUCCCAGCUUCCUUUCUCACACCAAAUUUACCUACUUUUCUCAUACAUAUAUAUAAAACGCUUUUUGGACUCUUUUAUAAAUAAAAAUCCUACUCCACAUAAAUAACACACAUCUAUCAGCAUAUCUUCUCUCCCCCCUCUCUCUCCCUCUCUCUCUCUCUCAAUAUAUAUAAAGACACAGAUCCGAUUACCAAAAUAUCUCUCUGAAGAGAGUUUCCACCGAUCCUGUAUAUUGAUCCUGAUUUCGAAUGUCGACCAUUAGAUUAAGGCCGCUCCUGCAUCAGUGCCGCAGAGAAAACCCUAGUUUUCGCCAUGAAUCGAGGAGAACGAAGCUUUCUUCCGGUUUGAAUUGCGGUCCUAAGUAUUAUUGUUAUAAUAAUGAUAGUAGGAAGGUUUUCUCGGAUUUCUGUAAAUUCAAGCCUUGGAGUCUGCACCGGAUCCGAGCUGGUUCGACCGAGAUGGCUUUCGUCGAAGCUGACACCACUGAUCGGGUUUUAUUCAAGGAGACGUUCCUUUUGAAAGGGACUCAAAUGGUGGAAGGGAAGGUUUCGAUAAGGUUAGAUCCACAAGAAGGCGGAAAGAAUUGGCAACUUACAGUUGGGUGUAAUCUUCCAGGGAAGUGGGUUUUGCAUUGGGGCAUAACUUACUGUGGUGAUGUUGGCAGUGAAUGGGAUCAGCCUCCUCCUGAAAUGCGGCCUCUGGAUUCUGUUCCCAUUAAGGACUAUGCAAUAGAGACACCCUUGAAGAAAUCCCCAGCCUCCUUGGAAGGGCAUUUGUUUUAUGAAGUGCAGAUUGAUUUUAGUUCUGAAAGUUCAAUCGCAGCUAUACAUUUCGUCUUAAAGGAGGAGGGGACGGGAGCAUGGUAUCAGCACAGAGGGAGAGACUUCAGAGUGCCUCUUAUAAAUCAACUUGAUGAUGGCAAUAUUGUAGGUGACAAAAAAGGCUUCCGUUUAUGGCCAGGAGCAUUGGACCAGAUAUCUACCAUACUUCUCAAACCUGAAGGAUCUCGACCUAAGGGUGAGGAGAGUGUUGUUGACUCCAAAGAUGCUAAGCAGCAGAACAGGCGCGUUGAAGGAUUCUAUGAAGAAUGCUCUAUCUUAAAAGAAGAGCCCACUCAAAAUUUUGUGACUGUUUCAGUUAGAAAUUGCGAUGAGACUGAUAAGAAUGUUGUGCGUUUUGACACUGAUCUCCCGGGAGAUGUUGUUGUUCAUUGGGGUGUCUGCAGGGAUGAUAAGAAAAGAUGGGAAAUUCCAGCAGCCCCACAUCCACCUCAGACUAAUAUCUUCAGGAAAAAGGCUUUGCAAACUUUAUUACAGCGAAAUGAGAAUGGAAGUGGAAGUUGGGGAUCCUUCCCUUUGGAUAAGGAACUUGUGGGGUUGCUUUUUGUUCUCAAGCUUAAAGAAUACAUUUGGAUGAAUAACAUGGGUAGUGACUUCUAUAUCCCACUUAUGAGUGAGGGUAGCUUCUCGACUCAAACCAGCAGGAUUCAAGAGAAGGACGUCUCCUCAGACAAAACUAAUCUUGAAGGAGCCGGUUCAAGUUUUCAAGACAUACAAGAGAGGACUGUAGAGGCAAAUCAGGCAAUUCCACCUGGUGCCUUUACUGAAGGAAUUAUCAAUGAAAUAAGGAAUUUGGUAAGUGAUAUUUCCUCUGGAAAGAGUACAAAAACAAAAAAUAAGGAAGACCAGGAGAAGAUCCUCCAAGAAAUUGAGAAGUUGGCUGCAGAAGCCUAUAGCAUUUUCAGAAGCUCUAGUACAAUACCUUUUGUGGAGCCUGUUACAGAGGAUGAGACAUUGGAGCCUCCUGUAAAACUAUGUUCAGGGACUGGCUCAGGCUCUGAAGUACUUUGUCAGGGAUUUAACUGGGAAUCUCAUAAAUCAGGGAGCUGGUAUUCUAUACUGAAUGAAAAAGCUACUGAAUUAUCAUCAAUUGGUUUCACUGUUAUAUGGUUACCUCCGCCUACUGAUUCCGUGUCACCCGAAGGUUACAUGCCAAGGGAUUUAUAUAACUUGAAUUCCAGAUAUGGGAAUAUGGAAGAACUAAAGAUUCUUGUGAAGAAGUUCCAUGAGGUCGGCAUUAAAGUGCUUGGCGAUGUUGUCUUAAAUCAUCGUUGUGCCCAAUAUCAGAAUAAUAAUGGGGUUUGGAAUAUGUUUGGUGGUAAAUUAAAUUGGGAUGACCGUGCAGUUGUUGCUGAUGAUCCACAUUUCCAGGGAAGAGGAAACAAGAGCAGUGGAGAUAAUUUCCAUGCAGCUCCUAAUAUUGAUCAUUCACAAGAUUUUGUGCGGAAAGAUUUGAAAGAAUGGCUAUGCUGGCUAAGGAAAGGAAUUGGGUAUGAUGGGUGGAGGCUGGAUUUUGUUAGGGGUUUCUGGGGCGGUUAUGUCAAAGACUAUUUAGAUGCAAGUGAACCCUAUUUUGCAGUUGGGGAAUAUUGGGACUCACUAAGUUAUACAUAUGGUGAAAUGGAGCACAAUCAGGAUGCACAUAGGCAGAGAAUUAUUGAUUGGAUAAAUGCUACAAAUGGAACUGCUGGUGCAUUUGAUGUCACUACCAAAGGAAUCCUCCAUGCUGCUUUGGAAAGAUGUGAGUAUUGGCGAUUAUCAGAUCAAAAGGGCAAACCACCUGGGGUUCUUGGAUGGUGGCCCUCACGUGCCGUUACAUUUAUAGAGAAUCAUGAUACUGGUUCUACUCAGGGUCAUUGGAGAUUCCCAUCUGGGAAGGAGAUGCAAGGGUAUGCUUACAUUCUUACACAUCCUGGAACACCGGCAGUCUUCUACGAUCACAUUUUCUCUCACAACGGACAUGAAAUUUCAGAACUUAUAGCACUCAGAAACCGGAAGAAGAUUCAUUGCAGGAGCACGGUAAACAUAAUGAAGGCCGAGAGGGAUGUCUAUGCAGCUAAUAUUGAUGGAAAAGUAACGGUGAAGAUCGGACCUGGGUACUAUGAGCCCCCAAGCGAUCGUCAGCAAUGGCUAUUGGUCCUCGAGGGGAGGGAUUACAAGGUCUGGGAAGCAUCUUGAAAAUAAUUUUGCAUAAUGCAAGUCCAUUGUUUUCACUUCAUUUACAAAAGUCUCUGCACUAUAGCCUAAGAAGUUGCUAUUAUGUAUUAAAAUAUCAACCUAAGCUGCAAGUGGAUGAAUGGUACUGUGAUACUAAUAAAUAAAAGCAACUACAUCAUCCUUCAUCUUAUGCA